GCGCUCCGCCGAAGCAGGCGGAAGCCAGCCUCCCAUUGGCUGGAGACCGCCUCAGCCGGGCAAGGUCGUUGUCCCUCGUUUUAAGAUGGCAGCGAGGGGGGUUUCUCGGCGCGUCUUCGAGGUCUUCGUUAGGCGAAUACCCUGGAGCGUGGAGGAAAAUGAACUACGAGAAUAUUUUACUCAAUUUGGACCUGUGAAGAAAUGCAUCCUGCCAUUUAAUGUAGAAACAGGGUUCCAUAAAGGUUUUGGCUGGAUUGGAUUUGCUACAGAAGAAAGUCGCAAUAAUGCUUUGUUAAAAGAUCAUUUUUUUGAAGGGUCACAGCUUGAAGUUAAACGUCAAGAAAAAACAGUCAGAUGAAAUACUUGCUAAUUCCAAUUAAAAGGAAGGGGCCUUUAUUUAAUUGCUAUGUAAAGAAAUUAAAAUAAACUUCGGCAUGUAUAUAUUCAUCUUAA